AAAACCAAAAAGGCUAUUCUUGAGCAAGACUCUCCCUUAUCUAUCCAUCUCUGUUUCUGCUUCUCAUCUAAAGCACAAAUGGCCACUCUCAACUUCUUCUCCCAGAACCCCAUCAAACCACUACAGAUUUCGCCCCUAAAGCCUCCUCCUUCCUUGUCCAAAUUCCAUUUGGCCUCCAUUACAAAUCCCUUCUGUUAUGCUUGUCGCUCUUCUUCUUCUUCUUCUUCUUCUUCUUCUUCUUCUUCUUGCUUUCUUUUGAACAAUAUGAACCUUUUAAAGAGUUUCAAUCGAAUCUCCUGUAAUUGCCUUUCCACCAUCCCCGUCGAAACUAAGAAUUACGAGUUUUCUGAUGGUCCUUUUGAGGUUGAAUUGAGAUUACAACUAGAUGGAAGAAAUAUCCAAAGUUCCAAAGACAUAUUCGUGAACUCAAAUGAAAGUUCUUUAACAAUUAGAGCAAAGUGCUCAGAUUCUCUCAUUACAUUAGUAGAAAUUGACCAUCUGUACCACAAGAUAAAGCCUGCUGAAACAAUAUGGUGUUUAGAUGACGAUCAACUGGUUGUUAACUUAAAGAAGCAGGAUCCAGAUAUAAAAUGGCCCGACAUUGUGGAGUCCUGGGAGUCACUGACAAAAGGAGCUGUGCAGUUUCUAAAAGGAACAUCAAUCUACCUUGUUGGGGAUUCUACUGAAAUCAACCAGAAAGUUGCUGGAGAACUUGCAGCUGGUCUAGGGUAUACACCUCUUAGCACAAAAGAGUUGUUGGAAACAUUUGCCAAGCAGACCAUUGAUUCAUGGGUGACAGCUGAAGGAUCUAAACCUGUAGCUGAGGCAGAAAGCGCUAUAUUAGAAAGCCUAAGUAGUCAAAUCCGUGCUGUGGUUGCGACAUUAGGAGGGCAGCAUGGAGUUGCUGCAUGGGAUGACCAAUGGAGGCAUCUGUAUGCAGGAUUUACUGUCUGGCUGUCAUGGUCUGAAUCCAUAGAGAAAGAUUCAGCAAAGGAGACAGCAAAGAAGCAUGUCCAAGGCGGUACUUCUGCUUACUCAAAUGCAGAUGUGGUGGUCAAUCUUGGGAGUUGGGAUGCAAAUCAUGCCAAAACUGUUGCUCAGGCUUCCUUGAGUGGCCUUAAACGGUUAAUCAUAUCAGACAAGAAGCUCCCAGGUAAAAAGAGCCUCUACAUAAGACUAGGAUGUCGUGGUGAUUGGCCAAACAUUAACCCACCUGGAUGGGACCCUUCAAGCGGAGUUCAACCUCCCAUGCUGUAGUGCUGCUAUUCCUAAAACAAAGCAAGAACGUGUAUACCAGCUGGGAAUUUUUGCUCCUGCCGCUUUCUGUAGUUUACAAUACAUGUUGAUAAUUUAGCAUAAUCUUGAUUAACAUUUUUUUUUUUCUUUUUAUGAGAUGUCUUUCAACUGGCAUGAUCUAUUUUGCAUGCUUCUGUUUAAAUCCAAUCCCCUGAAAAAUGGGAAUUUUCUAGCA